AUGGCCGCCUCCUCACUGCUCCGUUCGCUCUCCCGCAUCUCGCGCGCGCCGCCCGCGCCCGCCACCGCGUUCUACCACCACCGCGCCCCGUGCUCGCCGUUCUCCUCCGCCGCCGCCGCGGCGGGGCAGGGCCUCGCGGGGCUGGGCCCGACGGGCAAGGGGGAGAAGGCGCGGGUGGUGGUGCUCGGGACGGGGUGGGCGGGGUCGCGCCUCAUGAAGGACCUCGACACCGGCGGCUACGACGUCGUCUGCGUCUCCCCGCGCAACCACAUGGUCUUCACGCCGCUGCUCGCCUCCACCUGCGUCGGCACGCUCGAGUUCCGCUCCGUCGCCGAGCCGCUCGCGCGCAUCCAGCCCGCCGUAUCCAGCUCCCCCGGCUCAUACUUCCUCCUCGCACGGUGCACCGGGGUCGACCCCGAAGCCCACACGAUUGAAUGUGAGACAGUUACUGAAGGUGAAAAAGAUACUUUGGAGCCAUGGAAAUUCAAGGUUUCCUACGACAAGUUGGUCUUUGGAUGUGGAGCCGAGGCAUCGACUUUCGGAAUAAAGGGUGUUACUGAGCAUGCAACCUUUCUGCGGGAAGUUCACCAUGCUCAAGAGAUACGCAGAAAGCUCCUUCUUAAUCUGAUGCUGUCUGAUGUGCCUGGAAUAUCAGAGAAAGAAAAACGCAGACUAUUGCAUUGUGUUGUUGUUGGAGGUGGUCCAACAGGGGUUGAGUUUAGUGGGGAACUUAGUGAUUUCAUCACCAGAGAUGUGAAACAACGUUACGCACAUGUGAAAGAUUAUGUCCAUGUGACCCUAAUUGAGGCAAAUGAGAUAUUGUCAUCCUUCGAUGUUCGCCUCAGACAAUAUGCUAUAAACCAACUAGUUAAGUCAGGUGUCAAGCUUGUAAGAGGAAUUGUGAAGGAUGUACAGCCUGACAAAUUAAUCCUGGACAAUGGAGAGGAGGUUCCUUAUGGUUUGUUGGUAUGGUCUACUGGAGUUGGUGCUUCAUCGUUUGUUAAGUCAUUGCCGUUUCCUAAGUCAGCAGGUGGAAGGAUCGGUGUAGAUGAGUGGCUACGUGUUCCUUCAGUUCCAGAUGUGUUCGCUAUUGGUGAUUGCAGUGGUUUCCUUGAAAGCACAGGCAAGGAAGUUCUCCCGGCUUUGGCUCAGGUUGCGGAACGACAAGGCAAGUACCUCGCUGUCCUGCUCAACCAUGUAUUGAAAGCUGGAGGAGGGCAUGCAAACUCAAGCGUCGAAGUCGAUCUAGGUCCUAAGUUUGUGUAUAAACAUAUGGGGAGUAUGGCAACUGUUGGAAGGUACAAAGCUCUAGUUGACUUGAGGCAAAGCAAGGACUCCAAAGGGGUGUCCAUUGCAGGAUUUGCAAGCUGGUUCAUCUGGCGCUCAGCAUACCUGACUCGUGUUGUCAGCUGGAGGAAUAGGCUCUACGUGGCUAUCAAUUGGCUGACCACGAUGAUAUUUGGCCGUGACAUAAGCCGUAUCUAGAGUAUCUAUCUGUAGAUCUCUGGGAUCUGAACUCUAUAAAAUAGAUACGCCCCGAGCCUAAAUGAAACAUAGGCCACCAUAGCCUUGUCCCUCUGCUUUUGGUUCCUCAUUUUGCUCCUCUUUAUCCUUUCGGACUUUUCAACUACGUGAGGUGCGAAUGCACAUUUUUAUUCAUGUAAAUUCUAAAUAAAUGAGAUGAGGGUAUAAAUA